AUGUUGUCCAGAACCUUUCAACACACAAGACGUGUUCGUCCAUCUAAAGUCUUGUCCAUUCAACAACGCUCCUACAAGACACACCAAUUUGAAAAUGACGAACUUAACUUGAGUGAAGAAAACCAACAUCAACUCACUAGAGCUUUGAGAACAAUGAGAAACGAGGAGAGAAAACUCUACCAAGAAGCCAAGAAGGUUAAAGAUACAACAGAACAAUAUAAAAACGCUAAAGUUGAAUUAGAUGAAAACGGAAAAUUCACCAUGGAGUUACCAAAGGAAAAGGGAAUUACCUUUGAUGAGUAUAUUCAAGUUGUACAAGAAAAAUCAUCAGGUUAUCCUUGGGUUCUUGGACCAAAAAUCCGUCAAGCACUUCACCACGUCGAACAGGGAGCUGCUGAAUCUUAUACUCCUCUCCUCAAAUAUCGUCAAGAAGAUUUACGUGUUUAUCAAGUUGCUAAGAAAUUGCAUACCAUGUGGCAAGAAAGCGACUCGGAAAAGCCAAUUACAUAUGAUGAUAUUGAAUUUGCCUUCAACUUGUACAAAGUACAUUGCGAAAAUAUGAAAAUGAUGAAGAGUGAAUACUCUCUUGAAUAUACCAAGUUGAUGAAGGUUCUCAUUAAUAUUGUUUUGGUAAACAGAGAAUAUUGCAAGGUUGCCAAACAAGUUCUCAAUGAAUCAACAAAGAAAUACAAGAAGGAUAUUUCAUCAAUUGAAUCGGCAAUUGAAUCUAAAUUGAAGGAAUAUGAAUCAACUCAAAGUAAUCAAGACAAACUUUUAAUGCUCAGACUCUCCUCAUACACCAUUCAAUCUAUUUCUAAAUUAGACUCUGAUUUGGAUGCUUAUGAAAAUAUGGUUGUCCAAUGUGUGAAAUUGAUGUAUCCAGAAAGAUGUAUUAUCUAUGAUUUGGACCUUUGUAAAAAACUUCUUUACAUUUGCCGUACUACAACAGCUUCUUCCCUUUUGGAAAAGAGAAAGGAAAUUAUGGAUGUUUCCUCAGUUCACUAUGAUAGAGAAAAACUCUUCCAACAAGCUAUUGUCAUUUGUAAGGAAUCUGAACAAGACUCUAAGAUUCUUUCUCAUCCAUACGAAUUGGAAAGACCAAUUUUAUAAUCGAUUCAUUUUGGAAAAUUAAAUUAAUUUGUUUUAUUG